GACCCGAUUAGCAGGCGGACUGUUUACCUUCGACGUUGACAGCUAUGGCUGAGUGACUUUUCUCUGUUAAAAUGUACUCUCACGCUUCAGAGAGUUUUAUCAAGCAAGCACGAGAGAUUCCGGAGCCCGAGCUGCAGAAGUUUUACAGCAAGUUGUUGAAGCUGCUGCAGGGGAAGGACUUUGGUCAUGAGACACUUGACAGCCUGCAGAGGCUGUACCUCAUUCUAUCUGUCAACAAGUACACCAAACUGCUGCCUCCAGAGCUUCAGAAGAAGCUUCUGUCUCUGCUGUCCUCACCAGUGGAGCAGCUUCAGGUGCUGAGCUCCGCUGUUCUCAGAGAGACACUGCCCCUCUCUGGUCAGGAACUGAGCUACAACCAAGAGAACAUCAGUCAGCUGAACAGCCAUGCUGCUGCACUGCUGCUCUCACAGGCUGAAUCCAAAGCUGAUCUGUCGUCCCUCUGCACUCUGCUGCUGCGUGGUCUUGAAGGCCGGCCAUCUGAGGGUCCUUCUCCCUCGCUCAUGCUCACACUGCCGAUCAUCAACACCAUCCUCACACACAGCCCAGACUGCCUCACCGAAGAUCAGGUGACCCUCCUGAGUAAGAAGCUUGUGGAUUGGCUGCGUUAUGCCAGUAUAGUGCAGGGAGGCGGAGCCUCCUCAGGGGGAUUCUUCACAGGGCCCAGAUCCCGCCAGCCGGUGCCCAUCGCUGAGCUGGACGGGACGGUGUCCGGGGAUUUCUUCACUGUGCUCUGCGUGGGUCAAGGCUUCACUGAGGAUCAGUGGAUGAACGUCUAUUCUUUCUCCAUGCUGAGGCAUUGGCUUCUCACCUACCACUCUGUUUCCAGUGGCAACCUCAUGUCAGAUGCCGCAAACAGGCUGCAGCUCAGCCUGUCUCUCUCCCACUCCCACUCAUUUUCUAAUGACGACCGGUCGGAGGUGGACGGAUCGGUGGUUUCUAUGGUCUCGGCGACGUCCUCCUCCAGCCGCCUGCUGCCCCCGAAGGAGCGUCUCCGAGAAAAGGCUUUCCAGUACUGCCAGCGCCUCAUCGAGCAGAGCGAUCGCAAGGCGCACAAGAGGACGGAUACAGAGCUGCAAAAGGCUUGUCUGGUGGAGGCCGUGUGUAUUCUGGACUGUGUGUGCGUUGAGGACGCGUCGCUCGUUUACCGAACCUUCCCGUGCAUCAAGGCCCUGUUCGGCCGGCUCAGCUCGGACCUGUCCUUCGCCCGAGUCCUGAUACCCAUCGCACAGUUCUACCUCAACCACGGUGAGAUGGCGGCGGUGGACUGCGACGGCGUGUGGAUGCUCGUGUUCGGCCGGUACCCCGGGGAGCUGUUCAACGACCCCUUCCUGGCUCACGAGUUCCUGCGCUUCCUUCGCCUGAACCUCGACAGCGUGCAGCUUCGAGUUCCUCAGUACAUUCGCUCUUUCCCAAACCUGCUGAAGUUUUUAGCGUGGGACAGUCCAGCAGUGGUGGAUGACUUUGUGGAUCUGCUGCCCUCUCUGGUCACACCUGGGACUGCAGUGGAGCUGCUUCACUCGCUGCUCGACCUGCCCUGUCUCACCGCCACGCUGGUCCUGCAGCUCAGGUCUGUGAGUUUACCCAUUGCUGAGCCAAGCGGCCGUGGCGUCCGGUUGCAGGACGCAUUUCGCAAUCCUUCACUCCGUGGGCUUUUCCUCUUCCUGCUUCGAGGGGAAGCAGGAUCAGGCGACACCAUUGACCGUCUGAGCACGCUCCACGAGCUGCUGGCCGAGGCCGCCGACUGGCCCAGGGUGGUCCACUGUGCGCAGGUCGUCCCCGUGCUGUUACACAUUUACUUCCACAGGGUCGUUGAGAUGGCUGACGAGAAGCUCUUAGCUCAUCUGAUUCUGGUGAUGCUGGAGCGAAGCAGCCUCCUCCUGAAAAUCCCAACAUACAUCAGGGAGAUACACAGGGUGUUCAGCUGCCACCUGCUGAGGCUGUGCAAACGGCGCCCCUCCCUGGUGGUGGACCAGUCCCACGAGCUGCUGGAGUUCGCCGGAGCCACGGCCAACGUCUACAGCAAAGAGGAAAUCUUCACACACGUGGUGUGGGUGCUGGGCGAGUAUCUCUCGGUGUCAUGCGACUCUCGCUGCUCGGUGAGCCUCAUCACUUCCUGCUUCGAGGCUCUGGAGGCGGUGCUGUUUGAGAUCACCUCGUCUGCGCCGUCACCUGGAAACAUUUGCCCCGCCCCAAAAGUCAUCACCACGCUGAUGAGCGCUCUCGCUAAACUGGCGUCGCGGUCACAUGACCUCAUACCCAGGGUGUCCUUAUUCCUCUCCAAGCUGAGAACGGCGGCCAGAAGCGGAUCGGUCGCCUGGUGCGCGGACGAGGAGGACCUGGUUUCCGUGGUAACCCGGGGGGAGGAGCUGUGGUCGCUGCUGAAGGCCCCCGGCGUGGCCCAGAGCGUCCUGACCCCGCCCGCUCACAUCAACGCACCGCAGUGGCACAGAGACACCAACGUGGCCUCGCCGCUGCAACUGCGAGCCCUGACCAGCCUCACACACUCGCAGUGACGCACAAUCGGACGCACACCCUCAGUCUGCAUCUGCAGACGAAUCAGUGGGGGAAAAAAAAAUUUCCCUGAAUGAACCUCAUUUGAUUUUUGCACAUUUUUAUGUAAAUAAAUGAUUGUUGGUGUAUUAUUAAAAAAAUAAAUAAAAAAAAUGACACAAGUCUGUUUUGCUGAUAAUGAAAGGUACU